AAUUUUCAGAGUAGUAAUCUGACAACGUAUGAUGAUCUCCCAGGCGAUAGGGAUUCGAGAUGGGCUCUGUUGCAAACACUGAUCCAGUAUUGGAUUUGGUUGUUUUGGGCCUGAGCAGUGGAAUUUCCGUGGAGAGCAUAGACUGCGCUUUAUGCCGCUUCAGACAGCAAAACGCGGCAGGGCCUGUCAGCCUGGAGCUGCUGAAAUAUGGAGAGGCGCUACUGGACCCUGAAAUCAAGAAGCGACUGAUGGACAUGGCUCUCCAUGACUUCAACGUACCAGAGCAAGUCGCGGAAAUCAAUGCUAUUCUCGGGGAAGCUUUUGCCACGGCCGGAUUGGAGUUCAUUGCCACCAACAACAUUGAUAAAUCUACAAUAGAUUUUAUCAGUUCUCAUGCACAAGCAACAUGGCGCAUUCCUCAUCCCAUAACACGCCAAGCGAGGACAUCGAUCAGUAUGAACGAAGGCGUCGUCAUUGCUGCACGUACCGGAAUCACAACAGUGACCGAUUUUCGAGUCGGCGAAGUCGCUGUGGGCCAGCCAGGGGCUUCCCUGGCCGACUUUGACGCCCUGCUUCUGCAUCAUCCUACCAAGCUAAGAGCUUGUCAAAACAUUAGCGGCAUCGGCAGCGUAUGCUUUAUCCCCCCAGACAUCGACGGCGAGCUAAAUGACAACUUCUUUUCCUUUGACACGGGCCCUGGAAACAUUUACAUCGACGCUGCUAUUCACCAUUAUACUAAUGGCGCGCAGAGAUACGAUAUAGAUGGCGAAAUAGGCAAGCGAGGAAAGGUUGACGAAGAGAUCGUGGACGACUUCAUCUCCUCUCAUCCUUACUUUCAACGGUCUAUUCCCAAGAGUGCUGGCCGCGAUGAUUUCAGGGCUGUAUUAGCUCAUGAACUUAUAUCAAAAGCAGAAGAUAAGGGGCUUUUACCGGAAGACGUUGUUGCCACGAUCACGAGAAUCACGGCUCAGUCUAUCGUGGAUCAUUAUAAGUGCUUUGCACCAUCACAAAAUAUCGACGAACUGUUCCUUUGUGGAGGCAGCGCAUAUAACCCAAACAUUGUUAAUUUUAUUCAGAAAAACUAUCCUUCGACGAAAAUAUUCACGCUUGACGCUGCUGGUAUCCCGGCCGUUGCAAGAGAAGCAAUCAACCUUGCUUUACGCGGCAUGGACGCAGUUGUUGGCCGGACUGUUCUAACGUCGCACGGCGCUGAGACACGGCAAGAGCAGAUUGUUGGAAAGGUAUCUCCUGGCGAUAAUUAUGAACAAGUGAUGCAGAAGGUGAUGCAAUUCGGAAAAGGCGAAAUGUUAGGGCCUAUAAGAGACUUGGUCAAUGUGGUCAAGGGGGAGGUAAUACCCAACAAGUGGUGAUUUGCAAGGCAACGGUAGAGUUUGAAGAUGCAAUUCAUAUAAAUGGAAUUCGUGAAUGAAAAAUAUAAAUGAACAGGGACAAAAAGAAACAAGAAUACGAAUGUAUAUAGUCAGGGUUUAAAUGAGCACAUAUCUAUUACGCACAUGAGUGCAUAAAGCGUACAAACCAG